GGUUGAACGUUAUUGAGACACUGGAGAUGAUUGUUUCAUCUGCACAGUUUUAUCUUUCAACCAAAUCGUAGUAACAUUCGUUGUUGUUAUUAAAUCUAAAAUUAAUAAUAAGCAAGAGGAGAAAAGAAGAUCGAAUUCUCCGGGGUGACGAGAGGCCCCUGCGGAGCCUGGCUUUCUGUCGUCACGGUCACUUGGUUCCAGGGAAGGGGACGUGUGUCGGUGUGAGAUCAGCCCAGGCUAACCACCAGCCUGAUCUUUACAAUUCACAAUGAACAUCUCUCCGCUCCUGAGCCACAGGCUAUUCAACUACCCAAUCAUUUGGAUCCUUCUCUACUCUAUUGUUUCUCUACCAUUUCUGGAGUCUGUUGCCACAAAACAGGACGCCUGUCAGAUUUGUCGUCAUAUCACUGAGAACUUCAGAAAGGGAAUGGAAAAAACUGCAAACAAGAAUUUUGGUGGUGGAAACACUGAUUGGGAAAAGAAAAAUUUGGCAAAGUAUGAAAUCAGUGAAACUCGUCUACUGGAGAUCAUAGAACUGCUAUGUGAAAGCAUGAAUUUUGACUGUAAUCAGAUGGUGGAACAAAAUGAAGAGCAUAUUGAAAAUUGGUGGUUCAAAAAGCAGGAGAAGUACCCAGAUCUAUUCCAGUGGCUCUGUCUAGAAACCAUCCAAGUCUGUUGUCCUCCUGGGACUUUUGGACCUGACUGCUCCUCAUGUAUAGGUGGAUCCACAAAACCAUGCAGUGGAUAUGGUCAAUGUGAUGGCGAUGGAACUCGCUCUGGAACUGGGAUAUGUAAUUGUGAUCCAGGCUAUGCAGGAUCUAUCUGUAUGGAGUGUGCUGAUGGAUACUUUGAAGAGUCAAGGAAUGAUACCCAACUGGUAUGUCGAGAAUGCUACAAGUCUUGCAAGAAGUGCACAGGCCCUGAGGACUAUAAAUGUCAAGAGUGUAAAGUUGGCUGGUUCCUGCAUGAUGACAAGUGCAUAGAUAUUGAUGAGUGCGACACUGAGUUGGCAAACUGCAAACCUGGCCAGUACUGUGUGAACGUGGAUGGCUCCUACGAGUGCAAAGCUUGUGAUAAGGCGUGCUUCACCUGUAUGGGAGCUGGACCUAGCAGAUGUAAAAAAUGUAACAAAGGUUAUCAGAUGGAUGGUACAAAGUGUCUCGAUAUCGAUGAGUGUAACAGCGAGAAACAAAUCUGUAAUGGUGAGCACGAGGAAUGCAGAAAUACAGAGGGCAGCUACAUGUGUGCUUGUAUUGAUGGGUUCUCUAAACAGGAUGGGGUUUGUGUUGAGGACCAGGUGACUCCUGUUCCUGAGGAAGGUCUGUUUGACAAUGUCACUGAGGAUGAGAUGGUGGUCUUACAACAGAUGUUCUUUGGUGUCAUCAUUUGUGCACUGGCAACACUAGCUGCAAAGGGAGAUAUGGUUUUCACCUCCAUCUUCAUUGGGGCCAUUGCAGCAACGGCAGGCUACUGGCUGUCAGAGAAAUCAGAUCGUCUUGUGGAUGGAUUUCUUAAAGGCAAAUAAGGAAGAAGUUUAAUUUGAGUGCAAGAAUCAGAUGGCUGUCUGUGGUAGUAGCUGACUAUUUUAAACCAAACUGGAUUGUUACCCAGAGGACUAUUUUGCAGAGCCCAGCAGCUGGGAUUGCCACAUGGAAGUAUGGGUAAAAUAGCAAUCUUUAAAUUAUGAAUUCAACAUGAGUAAACUGUGCAUGUCUGAAAACACAAGAUUAUUUAUAUUCGGACAGAGUGUGUGGAGGUGUUUCUAUCGAAGCAACUCUUCUGCUAUACUUCUAGUGAAUUCUCGUUUCGAUAAAAUGUUCGAUGAUGUAAUGUUUUCUGAAUAUGCACUGUUCUAAUUUAUUGUAAAAAGCUGCAGCAUGGGCUUUAUCCAAAAGCAUAUUUAAGAUUCAGGGGAGAAGUUUUAUCUUCUGUCAUCUCUCAAUGAAAUUGUGCUUCCGUUUACAAAAUAUCUAACUUUACUUUUGGAACAUUGUCCCAACUUCAGCCAAAUGAACCAUGGCUUUGUAUAAUAAACCUGUCAAGCCCAGUUUGUGCUAGUUUUUGAGACUUGGAAUCUGGUUGGAAGUUGUCUCCAUUACAUUUUGUAGGGUAUUUAAUUUCUGACCACAGUCUUGGUUUUCAUUUCAAUAAGUUACCUCAUUGAAGGAAAUAGACUUAAGCUGUAGUGGUGUCAGCUAUGAAUGAGUACAAGAAUGAGUUUCAUGUUCAGCAUGGACAAGCAAAUGAAUGUGUUCCUCAAUCUGUUGGAAUGGGAUGAUGAGAAAGUAACUUCUACAACUGAUAUGCUGUUCAUUAAGUAACGCUUUUUCUUGACCUAUUAUGGUAUCCUAUUCACAGCAGAUGUGAAGCGAUCUAUAGUUAAAAUUAAGAUAAGAAUAAGAAUACACUCACUUAGACAUAGGGUACAAAUUGAGGUUAGAGAGGCUAUGUCUGUGGAUUCGUGGCAUUUUGCUUGAGGGGAGGGUUGAAGCCAGCCACAAAAAUGUUAAAGAAGUUUGGGCGUGAUACGAUCAAAGCCUGAACAUGGCUGUCAUUAACUGCAGAGCUAGGCAAAAGUUGGAUUGGAUGUAUCAGAGGAAUGUUCUUUAUAGGUUGCAUUGUGUGCACCUCCUGCCUGAGGAAAUAGAUGAGUCCAGAUCAGACCAUUUGACUGUAGUGAAGCAAGUGGCUUCAGUUUGGCCUGCAGUGUAGUGGCAGAACGCUUGCCUUGUUCUGAUCUUCAUCUUUGAUAUGCAGUUGGAUUAAAGAACCACAGUCUUUUGGAUUGCAUAAAGAGACUUAAACUUGAAAGCUGAUUCUUUACUUUUGGACAGUAUGACUAAAAUGUAAUGAAGGGGUGGGGGGAGUCGGGAUCAAGAAUGUACACUUGGUGCUAAUUUUGCAGAUAGAAGAAAAGAUAAUAAAGCAUUUGUGUUGAGCCAAGGGUUGGGUUACAAUCAGCUUAACAUCAGAGGUUCAGUUUCUUAGUUUUUUAGCUCCAUUUGUGGCCAAUAGAGGUUUGUUUAUCAUUUUAAAUUGGAAGAGAGUCAGCAUAUUUCAACUCAAGUGGAUUGAACUCUGAACAUGAUGUCCUUGAUGCCUUUUUGAGAUGGGAAUGUGAGUAUUUUUAAAGGAUUUUUGGCUGUAUCUGAUAAGUGAAUCAGCCUGACAUCAGCGCUUGUUGAAACUUCUAGAAGUCAUUAUUGCAGCCUCUCAAACACUCAUCUGUGAAUUAAUACUACGAUGGAAUUGCCACCAUGAAAUUGGAAUGAACUUUUACACAACCCACUGGCAAAGAUCUUUAUACCAGUGUUGAUCUUGCCUUAUGAAUUCGGUAAAUGACCCAUAGCUUUUUUGUUAAUGAAGCAUAUUUGUGAGAAGUGUCUUCAUUUUUUUUCUCUCUGUGGGGAAGAAAUUAAGUGAUGACUAACUUGGGUAAGAUUCAUGAAUCCCUGUGAGUACAAAGUUUCUGGAGAAUAGUUCUUGUCUGGCUAUUCCAUGGUGGGUGAUGGGGUGGUAUCACAGUUAAACUCUAAACCACAAGUGAUAAUACACUUCCCAACAUAGAUUUUUGGGUAUAAAGAGUGAGAACCUGGCUUGUGUUUUAUUUUUGUCUUUGGUUGGUGCUAACGCAGUAUUGUCAGGAUCAGCUAGACUAGUAAUCGAACACCUAGUUGAGUCUUGGACACUUAUCUGUGCAACUGUCUACAACAUUUAGUAAUUGCAGGUGUGUGUUUAUCAUUACAUAAGGUUUAUCAUUGGGAGGGGCAUAGAUCCCUUAGCUUCAUAUCAGUGGAAAUUAUAUUGGUCCUAUUGAAAGACCGCAGUAUGCAGAGUUACGUAGAGGGUUAAAGUAGUGCUGUCUUGGCAACAAACCUAUUUCACUUCCAAUCAGCUAGUUGUUGAUCUUUGUCAUUGUCCCCCAUUGAUGCUCCUUUUAUACUUUAUUUUUAAUUGUGGAAAAUAAGUUAAUAUGGUUGGAAAUAGAAAGUAAUGGUUCCAUUUGGCAAUCAAAUCCGCAUUAGUGAAGAGAAAAGUCGGGUGGUGGUGUUUUGGAUACAUCCUCAUGAACGUAUAUUUGCUGUUUAUUUCCAGCAUUUGGUUUUUCAGCAUUUUAGGCACUUUCUGUUGUAUUUAUACCAGUUAUGAUGUGAAGUUUGUGUGUAUAGUUUUGAAAAUUAUUUUCUUAAAAUUCCUGACCCUGAGAUGAGCCCGGUCCAACAUCAGUAGAAUUUAAAAGUGUCAGUAAUCUACAGGAUAUUUAAAGAUUUUAUCAUUUGCCUGUAUAAUAUUCAUUAUCCUUAAUUUAUUGUACGAACUGUGGGAAAUAAUUUUCCAUGUCAUAUUUAUUGUGAAUUGACUGAAAGUAAUGGGCUAUACACAAGUUCUCUAUUUAGCCUUAAGUAUCUGGAUAGACUUGAGAAGGGUUUGGUUUUGACUUGGUUUCCAUCCACUUAAUCCCCUCCCACCCAAAAUCAGAAAAGAUGGUGGUGUUUCUGGAUUCCUGUUGUUUCCUCCAUAAAUUUGAGAAAUAUGCAUAAAAAUUAUUUUUAAUCUACUGCAAAGCUUUUAAACUUUGAGUGCAAAUUAGUCCUUCAUUAACAACCAGUUAUAACCAUAGUUCUGGCAUUUUUUUUAGCACGAACCUUUCAUUUUUGUUCUAUUUGUUGAAGAGAAGGCACAAAGGACGUGGCUGAGAGGUACUCAAAUAUUUUUUUUUCCUGUAUGUUCAGUUUGGUUUAAAAUGUAAUAAUUUUAAAUCAUUUUCGUUUGAAAGUUAACCUCAAAGGGCAUUACUAGAGAAUUUUAUCCCCGUGCUGAGGGUGCAUGUGUGUCCCAUUUGUAAUGGCACCCAAAGUUUUGUAGCUUGUACAGUGCCAUAGCCAUCUGCUGGUGGAAAGUGGAAUUGUCUGCACUGAAACUCUCACCGUUCCAUUCCUGGGAUAAAAUAGGGGACGGCAUCACUCCCAUCUUCUAAAAGGUGGACUGGACUGCCCCACUACUACUCUUCAAAUCGGAAAGUGUAUGGUUCAAUAAUUCAAGCCCCAGGUGUGUGACGUAAUUCUGUCUUAAUCGUUGGAUUCUUGCUGAGCACUGCUUUACUGUUGUUGAAUAUUAUUUCAGAUAUACUUCUACAAACAAAGAAACUGGAGGUUUCUUCAUGUUGGCUACCGUAUAGUGUAGCAAUGUGUAAUUUUGACCCUGUGGAAAUAGGCUAGUUGAGCAAUACUAUCACAUACUGAUAGUUUUGCCUCUAUAGACAUGAAGUAACUGCUGUGUAUGUGAUUAUGCUGGGCAUUUCUCAUACUACCCUUAUUAGCUGAGUGGAUGGCUGUCUGAUACUGAUGUUUCUGUAUUAUACCUGUGUGUAUAUAUGUAGGAUCUUUGAGGUGCAUCAGUGGCAUGCCCUAAAGAUUGUCUUUGUUAUCUGUAUAAUUAGAUGUGCAGGACCUGAGUGAAUUUAUUCAUUCUUUUAUUUAUUUAUUCAAAGUGAAUCUAUUCAUUCUUUAUUGAUUCUGUAAUUUUUGUGGUUUAUAUGUGUCCAGGUAUUUCACCAAGAUUCAGUUAAUUCUCUGACUUUCAACCUUUCUUUGGAAGUGUCCUAGCUAAAUUUAAAACAAAAAAAGGCUGGAAUAAAUAUUGGAUCAUAAUGGAGCUGGUGACUGUGUUACUCAGUCAUUCUGAAUGUGCCUGGUUGCUAACAGGAAGACUCCAAUUGAAAUUAUAUGUUAUAAACAUAGUGAGGUGGGGGUAGAUCCUCCAAAACACUGGUGCUGCUGGCACUGAAAUUCUGGUAAAAAUAAACAUUUUGUGGUAAAUAAAAAGUUGAA